GCAUGUGCGGGCCUACCGCAGUUUUUCUUUCAAGUCGAGAGCAGCAAGCUAAGCGCAUCUAAGAGUCCGGGUAAGAGCCCGGAUCACAAGCGCACACGCCUUACUGCCGAUGCCCAUCAGGAGGCUCUUACCAAUCAAGAGCUCACGCAGGCUUUUCUUCUUCGCGACGAGCAGCUAGCCUUGGUGCAACUUCAGACCUCGCUGGUAUACAAGCUCCCGGCGGGACAGCCACUAUCUCAGAUGCUUCUGAAGUUUGUACAGGCGUGGCAGGCCGAGCACAAGCAAGGCAAAGCCCAUCCCUUCGAGGCCAUCCAUCACUACGUUGCGGGAGCGCUGCUGUUCGAGCUCUCCAAGUCCAAACAAAUUCCUCCUGGCAUUGACUCGGUGGCUCUUAAGGACUUUGAGAAGUGGGUUUCAGAUCUUGGCCCGGCACCACAUACCCUUCUAUCGACGCAUGUGGCGUACUGCUCUGCCCGGCUGAGUGCCAAGAAGGACCAUCUCAUCCUGGACUACCGGCCGGUUUUGCACUCCCCCCUGGCCAAGUAUGUCUCACUGAUGGCGACCCUCCUGGGCUCCUAUGAGGGCGAGUGUCUUGGCAAGAAGGCUCCGGGCAGUUUGGCGCGCCAGGCAAGGGGCAAGCACCUAGCGCUCUGCUGCUUAAUGGCCCCCAGGUCAGCCGCUUGA